CACCAUAGAUAACUCACCUUUGGAAAAUAAGCAACUCACUAGUGCACAGCGCCCCCUUCGUUUGUAGAUGACGUCUAAUUCAUGCGACAGUUUAUCACUCACUGGGACACAUGUUGGGUGCGUGUGAGUUGAGUUAGGUGAGUGAGGAUCUCGCCAACAUCAUUUCAGCAUUUGAUAAGAAACAAAUUCUGAGAAUUGUCUUGAAGGAGGAGUACGCACAAUGGCGAGUACACUGCAGUUUAAAACAAACUUUGCAGUUUCAAGCAAAAUCGAGCCAUUCUACAAAGGAGGAAAAGUUCAGAUCAGCAAAGACGAGAAGCACAUAUUUUGCACUUGUGGGACACGCAUUAAUGUGCUGGACAUUGCAACAGGGAAAAUUAUCCAUAGCAUUGAGCAGGAUGACCAAGAAGACAUUACAUCAUUCUCAUUAAGUUCUGAUGACGAGAUCCUAGUGACAGCCAGCCGGGCUCUUCUGCUGAAGCAGUGGGAUUGGAGGAAGGGCCAAUGCACACGCUCAUGGAGAGCCAUCCACAACGUCCCUGUGGCCAGCAUGGCCUUCGACUGCACAUCCACUCUCUUGGCCACAGGGGGAUGUGACGGUACCAUAAAGCUAUGGGACGUGUUGAAACAGUACUGCACACACAACCUGAAGGGCUCCUCUGGGGUGGUACACCUUGUGGAGUUCCACCCCGACAUCAGUCUGCUCCAGCUGUUCUCCUCCUCGGCCGACUGCACGAUCCGCAUAUGGAACCUGCGCACAAGCAAGUGCCUGUGUGUGCUGGAGAGCCACUUCAGUGCUGUCACCUCUCUGGCCUUCUCCCCUGACGGAAACACUUUAGUCAGUUCUGGAAGAGAUAAAAUCUGCACAGUGUGGGAUCUGGAGAAGAAGAAGCCGAAAAGGACCGUCCCUGUUUAUGAGGCUGUAGAGGGGGUCAUCCUGCUGCCAGAGGGUGAAGAUUACUCUGACAUCGGAGUGAAGAACGAAGGGCUGCACUUCAUAACGGCAGGCAGUAAAGGCGUGUUAAGAGUGUGGGAGGCCAGCUCGUCCCAGUGCGUCUUCACUCAGACUUUGCCCGCCGCGACGCCCUCUGUGCAGGACGGGGCCGAGGAUGACGGGCACCCACGCAGCCUCACCUACUGCCUGCCCAUGCCCGUCUCCGGGGGCCUGGCCAUGGUCACCGCCGAGCACAAUAUCCUGCUCUACCGGCUGCAUGCCCUCUGCGUGCAACAGCAGUUUGUUGGGUAUAAUGAUGACAUUCUGGACGUGAAGUUCCUGGGCAAAGAGGACUCCCACAUCGUGGUGGCCACCAACAGCUCACAGCUGAAGGUGUUUGAGCUGGCCACCAGCAGCUGCCAGAUCCUCUAUGGACACACAGACACAAUUUUGUCCCUGGAUGUGUUCAAGAAAGGAUUACUCUUUGUCAGCUGUGCUAAGGACAAAACUGUGCGAGUGUGGAGGAUGGACCCAGAGAGUGGAACGGUUCACUGCGUAGCUCAGGGUACCGGUCAUUCAGAUGCUGUGGGUUCUGUCUGCUGCUCCAGGCUGAAAAAGGCCUUCCUGGUGUCGGGCAGCCAGGACUGCACGCUGAAGCUGUGGGAGCUCCCCGAGCCGCUGCCCUCCGCUGACUCUGAACCCGCCCGCCUCACUGCACAGGUCACAGAGAAGGCACACGACAAGGACGUGAACAGUGUGUGCAUCUCCCCGAACGACAAGCUGAUGGCCUCGGGCUCCCAGGACCGCACGGCGAAGCUCUGGUCCCUGCCGGACUUCUCCCUGCUGGGGGUGUUCCGGGGCCACCGGCGGGGCGUCUGGUGCGUCCAGUUCUCCCCCAUGGAUCAGGUGCUGGCCAGCUCGUCGGCCGACGGCACCGUCAAGCUGUGGGGGCUGCAGGACUUCAGCUGCCUCAAGACGUUUGAAGGCCACGAUGCAUCUGUGCUGAAGAUGAUCUUUACCAGCCGUGGGACACAGAUACUGACUGGUGGUUCCGAUGGCCUGGUGAAGCUGUGGACCAUAAAGACCAACGAGUGUGUGAAGACGCUGGACGCCCACCAGGACAAAGUGUGGGGUCUCCACACCAGCAGCAAAGACUGCCUCAUGGUGACGGGCUCUGCAGACUCCAACAUCAUCGUCUGGAAGGAUGUGACCGAGGAGGAACUGGCAGAAGAACAGGCCAAGGAGGAAGAUCAGAUCAUAAAGAAACAGGCAUUGUCCAACCUGCUGCAUGAGAAGAAGUACCUGAAAGCCCUGGGCCUGGCCAUCUCUCUGGACCAGCCACACACCGUGCUCCAGGUCAUCAAAGCAAUCCAACAGAGUGAAGAAAGCCAGCAGUUGAAGAAGACCGUACUGAAACUACGUCAAGAUCAGAAAGAGUCCCUGUUGCGCUUCUGCGCGGUGUGGAACACCAACGCCCGCAACUGUCUGCACGCGCAGGCCGUCAUCCAGGUGCUGCUGACACACCUCAGCCCGGAGGAGCUGCUGACGUUCCAGGGAGCACGCGCGCACCUGGAGGGCCUCAUCCCCUACACAGAGAGACACAUGCAGCGCAUCGGACGCCUGCUGCAGGCCUCCAUGUUCCUGGACUACAUGUGGCAGAAGAUGCGUCUCACCGGGGGAACAGUGAGAGGGGGACUGGACGAGGAGAUGGACACCACCCCCAUUCCUGGGUAUGAGCCUGUCUUUAUGAUCGACAAGACCCCUUCUGGGGGGGAGGACAAGGAUGGCAGGGCGUCACCAGAGCCAGAGGAGGAAGAGCAGGAAGACCCCGAGCACCAUGGUGAGGACAUCGAGGAGGAGGAAGAGGGCGCCUCGAAAAAAGCUGCCCUACGCACACACAAUGGUGUGAACGGCAGAAACGAUGCGCGGCCAACAGGCGGGGAGGGCAGCUCGGAGGAGGAAGACAGCGACGAGGAAGAGGGGCCUAGGGUUACCGUGAGCGAGCCGGCCGAGAGCAAGUCUGCAGCGAGUGCCCCAGAGGAGCCUGUGUACAUACAAACUGAAGUCAGGUGAUGGCUGGGAGUGGAAGCUCUCUCCUUCGCAUGCGAUCAUCUACAGACACUUUUCUAAUCUUCCCAUGGAAAGGGUGAGGAGACAGAACACACCAGUGGUACAUACCAACCGCAGGAGUGUUUCAUAAAGUAAUUGUGCAGUGCUAGGCUAGACCCCAAUUACAAGGUAGAGGGUUGAUACUCCCAUUCAAGGCAUUUAUGUGUCCCAGUUACUUGUCACAGCUCCAGUAGAGGGUAAAGUAAAUGCCAUGUCAUCAUCAUACGAGCAUAAAACUGUCAGGUGAGUUGGUUUUGCAAUCUAUUGAAAAGGACCAGCAUGACGAGAACUCUAGGGUGAAUGGAGGUUGAUUUUCAUGAACAGAGUUUUUGUUUGCCCUGGGAUUAAUGCCAGUGUCUGUGUCAUUUCCCUCAUGGAAAGCUUAGCACCGUAAAUAUACUUUUAAAAUCUUGAAUUGUGGACUUUUUUUAUGGAAUUAAUCACCCAUGUUUGAUUAUAAAAAAAAAAGAAACGUCACUUGUUAAAUAAUGUCUCACUUACACACCCACACACAUUCACAUUACAUGUUUGCUGUUUGAUCGUUUAAAUCCAACCUGUUUUUCCACCUUUGCCAAAAUACUCAGUUAUGUAAAACAGUAAAAAAAAAGAAAUGGCAGGCCAUUGUUGCAUUCUUUUUUUUUAUAUAUAAAUAUACCUUAAGAUUUGAAGCAUUGUGUUGCUGAG